GUAGAUCUAGUUUAACCAAAACAUUAGAUUGUGAUUCUAAAGACAGGGGUUAAAACCCCCUGAUCCACCGAGAGAGGUCCGAAGACAACAAAAACUGCUAACUUAUGCCUCCUCAGUUAAACUCUGGGGCUCACUCGCCUGCUCGUGAAGGAUAAUAGUCAUCCACUGGUCUUAGGAGCCAAAACUCUUGGUGCAAAUCCAAGCACCAGCUAUGCACUUCUCCCCCUUACUAAUAUCUUCCACCCUUAUUAUCAUUUUUGCCCUUCUAAUCACCCCCGUCCUGCAUACCCUUACUUCUAACCCUCUCCCCAUCAACUGAUCUGCCACUUACGUCAAAACCGCUGUUAAAACAGCAUUUAUUGUUAGCCUCCUGCCCCUGCUCCUCUUCCUCAAUGAGGGAACCGAAACAAUUAUCACCUCCUGAUCCUGAAUAAACUCCCUAACUUUUGAUAUUAAUAUUAGCUUUAAGUUUGACUUUUACUCCAUUAUUUUUACCCCUGUAGCCCUUUACGUUACAUGAUCCAUCCUAGAAUUUGCCUUGUGAUAUAUAGCAUCAGACGCCAACAUAGACCGCUUCUUCAAAUACCUAUUAAUGUUCUUAGUAGCUAUAAUUAUUCUAGUCACCGCAAAUAAUAUGUUCCAACUUUUUAUUGGCUGGGAAGGGGUAGGCAUCAUAUCUUUCCUUCUUAUCGGAUGGUGAUACGGGCGGGCAGACGCUAAUACAGCAGCCCUACAAGCCGUACUUUACAACCGUGUCGGGGAUAUCGGCUUAAUCCUCGCCAUAGCAUGAAUGGCUUCCAACUUAAAUUCAUGGGAAAUACAUCAAAUAUUCUCAUCAGCAAAGGGGGAAAAUCUUACUCUUCCCUUGCUAGGGCUAAUCUUAGCAGCAACAGGCAAAUCUGCCCAAUUUGGCUUACAUCCCUGACUCCCCUCAGCCAUAGAAGGCCCUACUCCAGUAUCUGCCCUACUACACUCCAGCACAAUAGUGGUCGCAGGUAUCUUCCUGCUUGUCCGAAUGAGUCCUUUAAUAGAAAACAACGCUACAGCUCUUUCUCUUUGCCUAUGCCUAGGGGCUCUAACCACUUUAUUUACUGCAACCUGUGCCCUAACGCAAAAUGAUAUUAAAAAAAUUGUAGCUUUUUCUACAUCAAGCCAGCUGGGCCUAAUAAUAGUAACUAUUGGCCUUAAUCAACCCCAAUUAGCCUUUCUACACAUCUGUACACAUGCAUUUUUUAAAGCUAUGCUCUUCCUGUGCUCUGGGUCCAUCGUUCACAGCCUUAAUGAUGAACAAGACAUCCGAAAAAUAGGGGGCUUGCAUCAGCUAGCCCCUUUCACCUCCUCUUCACUCACUUUGGGGAGUCUUGCUCUUACAGGCACACCUUUCCUAGCGGGCUUCUUCUCUAAAGACGCUAUUAUUGAAGCACUAAACACCUCCUAUAUCAACGCCUGAGCCCUCUUCCUCACACUUCUAGCUACCUCAUUUACCGCCAUCUACAGCCUCCGCCUCACCUACCUUGUAGUUAUAGGCCACCCCCGAUUUAAUGCCCACUCACCAAUUAACGAAAAUAACCCCUUAGUCAUUAACCCAAUUAAACGAUUGGCCUGAGGAAGUAUUAUCGCAGGCUUUAUCAUCACCUCCAACAUGCUCCCGAACAAAACUCCCGUAAUAACCAUGACCCCUCUUAUCAAAUUAGCCGCCCUCGUCGUCACUAUUGCUGGGCUACUAUUAGCCCUAGAACUUGCUCAUAUCACACUUCAACAGCAAGCUAUCACCCCUAAACUUAAGCCCCAUGCUUUCUCCAACAUGCUCGGGUUCUUCCCUGCAAUUAUUCACCGACUACCUCCCAAAGCAUUAUUAUUUCUAGGACAAAAUAUUGCAUCCCAAACCAUUGACCUGACCUGGCUGGAAAAAGUAGGCCCCAAAGCUGUAGCUACCCUAAAUAUCCCUAUAAUUUCUACCACAAGUAACGCCCAAAAAGGUGCCAUUAAAACUUUCUUAACCUUAUUUAUUCUCACAUUAUUCCUAGCGUGCUCCCUCCUUAUUUAGACCACUCGCAAUGCACCUCGGGCUAAACCUCGAGUUAGCUCAAGCACAACAAAAAGGGUUAGUAAAAGAACCCAAGCACUAAUUACCAACAUUCAGCCCCCUUGAGAAUACAUCAUAGCCACCCCUGACAUAUCCCCUCGAAAAACAGAAAAAUCAAACAGCUCAUCAAUUGGCACUCAAGAGUACUCAAAUCACCCCCCUCAAAACAACAUAGAUGCAAUCAUAACUCCCCCUAAAUAAAGGCACCCGUAAAUCCCAACAAAUCAAUCCCCUCAACUCUCUGGAUAAGGCUCUGCAGCUAGGGCUGCAGAAUAAGCAAAUACAACUAACAUUCCCCCCAAGUAAAUUAAAAACAAAACUAGAGAUAAAAAAGGGCCCCCAUAGCUCAACAUAAUCCCGCAACUCAUGCCAGCUACAACCACCAAUCCUAACGCCGCAAAAUAAGGGGAAGGAUUAGAAGCCACCCCUACCAAACCAAAUACUAACCCUACUAACAGUAAAGACAUCAAGUAAGUCAUAAUUCUUACCAGGAUUUUAACCAGGACCUACGGCUUGAAAAACCACCGUUGUAUUCAACUACAAGAACCUAUAAUGACCAAUUUACGAAAAACUCACCCCAUUCUAAAAAUUGCUAAUGAUGCCCUCGUAGACCUCCCAGCCCCAUCAAAUAUCUCGCUCUGAUGAAAUUUUGGGUCUCUCCUAGGAUUAUGUUUGGGCGUACAAAUCCUCACUGGGCUAUUUCUCGCAAUACACUACACCUCUGACAUCGCCACAGCAUUCUCUUCAGUCAACCAUAUUUGCCCUGACGUCAACUACGGAUGACUAAUCCGCAAUAUACAUGCCAACGGCGCAUCAUUCUUCUUUAUUUGUAUUUACAUACACAUCGCCCGAGGUCUGUACUACGGCUCUUAUUUGUAUAAAGAAACCUGAAACGUCGGGGUUGUCCUGUUGUUACUCGUCAUGGCCACGGCUUUUGUGGGCUACGUCUUACCAUGAGGACAGAUGUCCUUCUGAGGAGCAACAGUCAUUACCAACCUAAUAUCCGCAGUACCUUAUAUUGGCACUGAUCUUGUUCAAUGAGUGUGAGGCGGCUUCUCCGUUGAUAAUGCCACUCUCACACGAUUUUUCGCUUUCCAUUUUCUACUCCCCUUUAUUGUAGCCGCCGCUACUGUACUUCACCUCUUAUUUCUUCACGAAACAGGCUCUAAUAACCCCGCAGGGUUAAACUCGGACGCUGAUAAAAUUUCUUUCCACCCAUACUUUUCUUAUAAAGACCUCCUUGGGUUUGCAAUCCUCCUAAUCGCCCUAAUUAGCAUCGCACUCUUCUCCCCCAAUCUUCUAGGAGAUCCAGACAAUUUCACACCCGCAAACCCCUUAGUUACUCCCCCACACAUUAAACCAGAAUGAUACUUUUUAUUUGCCUACGCCAUCCUCCGCUCAAUCCCCAAUAAACUAGGAGGCGUAUUAGCCCUUCUCUCAUCCAUUCUUAUCUUAAUGUUAGUCCCCAUCCUCCACACCUCUAAGCAGCGAGGCCUGACUUUCCGACCAACGGGACAAAUUCUCUUCUGAGCUCUAGUCGCCGACAUGGUCAUCCUGACAUGAAUUGGAGGUAUACCAGUUGAAGCGCCCUACAUUGUUAUUGGACAGGUGGCAUCAAUUAUUUAUUUCAUGAUCUUCCUAUUACUAAUUCCUGUGAGCGGUUGAACAGAAAAUAAAGCCUUCAAAUGAAUCUGCAUUAGUAGCUCAGCUCAAGAGCACCAGUCUUGUAAACUGGAGGCCGGAGGUUAAAAUCCCCCCUUCUGCUCAGAAAAAGGGGGAGUCACCCCUCCCCCACUCAGAAAAGGGAGACUCAAACUCCCGCCUUUAGCUCCCAAAGCUGAAAUUCUGCUUAAACUAUAUUCUGAUGCAUGCAUAUAAAAUAUAUAUAGGACAUAUAUGUAUUAUUUUAAACACAUAUGUAUAAUAACCAUUGAGUUAUUUAAACCACAGAACUAAGACAUUUCACUAAGAUAUGCAUAAACCAUUAAUGCAAACUACUAAAUCUUAGUUUAGUGUUAUUGGUUCCUAAGACCUAACACAACACUCAUAAGUUAAGUUAUACCACGACUCCAAGAUCGAUUAAAUUAAGUAUCUUAAUGUAGUAAGAGCCUACCUACCAGUCCAUUUCUUAAUGCCAACGGUUAUUGAUGGUCAGGCGCCCUUAUUGUGAGGGUAGCUACCUAAAAGGUGAAUUAUUCCUGGCAUUUGGCUCCUACUUCAGGUCCAUUCAUUUAUUAACCCUCGCACUUUCAUCGACGCUAGCAUAAGUUAAUGGUGGAAAUCAUACGACUCGUUACCCCCCAAGCCGGGCGUUCACUCCACGGGGGCAGCUGGUUCCUUUUUUCGUUUUCCUUUCAUUUAGCAUUUCAGAGUGCACACGGUAUUAGAUGAUAAGGUUGAACAUUUCCUUGAAUGAGUAUAUUCGUUCAAUGUUGGAAAGACAUUACAUAAGAAUUGCAUAUAUCUAUUACUAAAGCAUAAUACCUAAAUUUUAGUCCUAAUAUUUUUAAGAUCGCCCCUUCUUGGUUUAAUUCCGACAAACCCCCUACCCCCUUACAACCCUGACAUGUCCAUCACUCCUGCAAACCCCUAAGAAACAGGAAUGUCCCGAGUAAAACUCAUUGUCUCACUCGUCAAUCAACAAAUGUCAUAUGUAUAUAGUAUUGUCAGAUUUUCAAAACACACCUGUAUGCCAUAUUUAACUCAUUAGACUCAAAUUACACUAAGACCUGCUCGCUGUUGUAGCUUAAACCUAAAGCAUAAUACUGAAGAUGUUAUAAUGGAUUUUAGGAAAUCCCAAGAGCACAAAGGCCUGGUCCUAACUUUACUGUCCACUAUAGCUGUACUUACACAUGCAAGUAUCCGCACCCCUGUGAGGAUGCCCUUCACCCUCUUAUGAGACCAAGGAGCCGGUAUCAGGCACAUUUUCCAGCCCAUAACACCUUGCUUAGCCACACCCCCAAGGGAACCCAGCAGUGAUAAACAUUAAGCCAUGAGUGCAAACUCGACUUAGUUAAAGCUAAGAGGGCCGGUAAAACUCGUGCCAGCCACCGCGGUUAUACGAGAGGCCCAAGCUGACAGAAACCGGCGUAAAGAGUGGUUAGGGGAUCCUUAAACUAAAGCCAAACAUUUUCCAAGCUGUUAUACGCAUCCGAAAAUAUGAAAAUCAUCUACGAAAGUGGCUUUAAUGAUCUGACUCCACGAAAGUUAUGAAACAAACUGGGAUUAGAUACCCCACUAUGCAUAACUGUAAACAUUGAUAGCAAUUUACUCGCGAUCCGCCAGGGAACUACAAGCACUGGCUUGAAACCCAAAGGACUUGGCGGUGCUUUAGACCCACCUAGAGGAGCCUGUUCUAGAACUGAUAACCCCCGUUCAACCUCACCCUGCUUUGCCAUUCCCGCCUAUAUACCGCCGUCGUCAGCUUACCUUGUGAAAGAUUAUAAGUGAGCAAGAUUGGUACAACCCAAAACGUCAGGUCGAGGUGUAGUAUAUAGCAGGGGAAGAAAUGGGCUACAUUUAUCAAUCGAUAAAUACGGAUCUUUAAUUGAAAAAUAAAGCUGAAGGAGGAUUUAGCAGUAAGGAGAAAAUAGAGAGUUCUCCUGAAGCAGGCUCUGAAGCGCGCACAUACCGCCCGUCACUCUCCCCUAAUAUCUCAUAAAUUUAAGUAAAACACCUGAAAAAUUAAGGGGAGGCAAGUCGUAACAUGGUAAGUGUACCGGAAGGUGCACUUGGAAUACCAAAGCAUAGCUUAAUUAGUAAAGCAUCUCCCUUACACUGAGAAAUUGUCCAUGCGACUUGGACUGCCUUGACACUGCAAAACUAGCCCGUCACCCAAAACCAAUUAUUACGCAUUUAUAAACCCUUACACACGUAUAUAAAAAACCAAACCAUUUUUCCACCUUAGUAUGGGAGACAAAAAAGGAACCAGGAGCAACAGAAUCAGUACCGCAAGGGAAAAAUGAAAGAGAAAUGAAACAAAUCAGUCAAGUAUAGAAAAGCAGAGAUCCGCCCUCGUACCUUUUGCAUCAUGUUUUAGCAAGUAAAUAUCAAGCAAAGAGCCCUUUAGUUUGAUCCCCCGAAACUAAGCGAGCUACUCCGAAGCAGCUAAUAAAUGAGCCAACCCAUAUCUGUGGCAAAAGAUUGGGAGGACUUCCGAGUAGAGGUGAUAAACCAACCGAGCCUAGUUAUAGCUGGUUGCCUGGGAAAUGGGUAGAAGCUCAGCCUGAUUAUUCCCCCUUUCCAUUCUGAUUCUCUUAACAAGAUGAACGUGAGUAAUUUAAGCUAAUCAAAUAAGGUACAGCUUGUUUGAUAUAAGAAACAACUUUCUUAGGAGGUUAAAGACCAAAAUUCCAAAGACCUAAGUGUUUUAGUGGGCUUAAAAGCAGCCAUCUAAAUAGAAAGCGUUAAAGCUCAAACACCCGCUGGUCACAAAUACCGCCAAAAACUCUUUAUCCCCUUAACCUACCGGGCCUUCCUAAACCCUUAGGAGAGAUAAUGCUAAUAUGAGUAAUAAGAGAGAUGACUCUCUCCUUGCCUGAGUGUAUUUCGGAACGAACCCCCACCGAAAAUUAACGGCCCCAUAAAGAGGGUAUUGUGUGCCAAUUAAAACACAAGAAGAACACACACCUUUUACCGUUAACCCCACACUGGAGCGCUUAUAAGGAAAGACUAAAAGGAAGAGAAGGAACUGGGCAACCACGAGCCUCGCCUGUUUACCAAAAACACCGCCUCUUGCAUUCUAUGUAUAAGAGGUCCCGCCUGCCCUGUGACUAUAUGUUUAACGGCCGCGGUAUUUUGACCGUGCAAAGGUAGCGCAAUCACUUGUCUUUUAAAUAAAGACCUGUAUGAAUGGCAUAACGAGGGCUUGACUGUCUCCUUUACCCAGUCAAUGAAAUUGAUCUCCCCGUGCAGAAGCGGGGAUACUAUUAUAAGACGAGAAGACCCUGUGGAGCUUAAGACAAUAGGAGGAUUUUAUGUAGUAAACCUAAAAAGGACAUAAACAAGUUCACAUUCUUUCCAAUGUCUUCGGUUGGGGCGACCGUGGAGUAAAGAAUAACCUCCAUAAGGACUAGGGUUUUAACCUUAAAUCCCAGAACGCCAGUUCAAAGCCGCAAAAUUUUUGACCUAAAGAUCCGGCACAGCCGAUCAAUGGACCAAGUUACCCCAGGGAUAACAGCGCAAUCCCCUUCAAGAGUCCCUAUCGACAAGGGGGUUUACGACCUCGAUGUUGGAUCAGGGUAUCCUAAUGGUGUAGCCGCUAUUAAGGGUUUGUUUGUUCAACGAUUAAAACCCUACGUGAUCUGAGUUCAGACCGGAGUAAUCCAGGUCAGUUUCUAUCUAUAAUGCCCCUUUUUCUAGUACGAAAGGACCGAGAAAGGCGGGCCCAUGCCUUAGGUAAGCCCGCCCCCCACCCGUUGAAAUAUCUCAAACGGGCAAGGAGGCUCAAAACGUACCAGUACAUAACUGCUUACUAGGGUGGCAGAACAUGGACAUGCUAAAGACCUAAGCCCUUUAAACAGAGGUUCAAAUCCUCUCCCUAAUUAUGACCCCAAUGCUUUUUACACAUAUUAUUAACCCCUUAGCCUUCAUUGUACCUGUCCUCCUAGCGGUUGCAUUUCUCACUCUUAUUGAGCGUAAAGUCUUAGGGUAUAUACAACUUCGUAAGGGCCCAAACAUCGUAGGACCCUACGGCUUACUUCAGCCAAUUGCUGACGGUGUAAAGCUAUUUAUUAAAGAGCCCGUACGCCCCUCUACAGCUUCGCCCAUUAUGUUUCUAGUUGCACCCAUGCUUGCUCUAACCCUAGCCCUGACGCUUUGAGCCCCCCUUCCUUUACCACAUCCUGUUGUAGAUGUUAACCUGAGUAUCCUAUUUAUUCUAGCACUCUCCAGUCUUGCUGUAUACUCAAUUCUUGGCUCCGGGUGAGCAUCAAACUCAAAAUAUGCUCUAAUUGGGGCUCUACGAGCAGUUGCCCAAACCAUCUCCUACGAAGUUAGCUUAGGCUUAAUCUUAUUAGCAUCGAUCGUGUUUACCGGCAACUUCACCCUACAAGCAUUUGGAAUUACACAAGAAGCUGUAUGACUAAUUAUUCCCGCCUGACCCCUGGCAGCAAUAUGAUACAUUUCAACCCUUGCCGAAACUAACCGAGCACCCUUUGACCUCACAGAAGGUGAGUCCGAAUUAGUCUCCGGCUUUAACGUAGAAUAUGCAGGAGGGCCCUUUGCCUUAUUCUUUCUAGCGGAAUAUGCUAAUAUUCUUCUCAUGAAUACCUUAUCUGCCACCCUUUUUUUAGGAGCAUCCCAUAUCCCAUCCCUCUCCCAAGUAACAACAAUAAGCCUAAUAAUUAAAGCAACCCUCUUAUCUGUCUUGUUCUUAUGAGUGCGAGCCUCAUACCCUCGGUUCCGAUAUGACCAGCUUAUGCACCUCAUCUGAAAAAACUUUUUACCCCUAACUCUGUCCUUAGUUAUUUGGCAUCUAUCCCUCCCCAUCGCACUUGCCGGCCUCCCCCCGCAAAUAUAGAGAAAUCGUGCCUGAAUUAAAGGGCCACUUUGAUAGAGUGAAUUAUGGGGGUUAAAAUCCCCCCGACUUCUUAGAAAGAAGGGGCUCGAACCCUGCUGAAGAGAUCAAAACUCUUUGUGCUUCCAUUACACCACUUCCUAAAGUAAAGUCAGCUAAAUAAGCUUUUGGGCCCAUACCCCAAAAAUGCAGGUUAAAACCCUUCCUUUACUAAUGAACCCUUAUAUUCUCCCCAUUUUCUUGUUUGGCCUUGGGCUCGGAACCACUAUCACAUUUAUAAGCUCACACUGGUUACUAGCCUGAAUAGGCCUCGAAAUCAAUACACUCGCUAUCAUUCCACUAAUAGCCCAACAUCACCACCCCCGGUCAGUUGAAGCCUCUACCAAAUAUUUUCUUACUCAAGCAACUGCAGCAGCUAUAAUCCUCUUUGCCAGCUCAAUAAAUGCUUGAAUAACAGGCCAAUGAAACAUCAGUGACCUUUCGCACCCCUUCCCCCUCACCAUCAUUACCCUUGCCCUGGCCCUCAAAUUAGGCCUGGCCCCCCUCCAUACAUGACUCCCUGAAGUUCUCCAAGGUCUUGAUUUAACCACCGGAUUAAUUAUGUCCACUUGACAGAAACUAGCCCCCUUCGCCUUGUUUGUUCAGCUAACCUCACAACACACAAUUAUUAUUUCCACCCUAGCGAUCCUCUCCACCCUUGUCGGUGGAUGAGGGGGCUUAAACCAGACCCAAAUCCGCAAAAUCUUGGCCUACUCAUCUAUUGCCCAUCUGGGGUGAAUAACCUUGGUAAUUCAAUAUUCCCCCUCUUUGACCCUACUUGCCCUACUAACUUAUAUUCUAAUAACAUUAGCCGCCUUCAACUUACUUAAGUUUAAUACGACCACAUCUAUUAACUCCCUGACAAACUCAUGAUUUAAAUCACCUGUUCUAACUGCCUUUACCCCCCUGAUCAUGCUAUCUUUAGCAGGUCUGCCCCCACUCACAGGUUUUGGCCCCAAAUGAAUAAUCCUAUCAGAGCUGACCAAGCAAGGCCUCGCUCCUCUUGCAACCCUCGCAGCCUUAUCAGCCCUCCUCAGCCUUUACUUCUACCUCCGCCUAUCUUAUGCUAUAACACUCACAUUAUCCCCUAAUACCGCCUCUGCAGUCAACCAAUGGCGAUUCAACUCAACCCAAACUACCCUUCCCCUGAGCCUUUCUACUAUCUUGGCCGUCAUACUUCUUCCUCUUCUCCCAGCAAUUAUAGCACUGGUAAACUAAGGACUUAGGUUAAUAGACCCGGGGCCUUCAAAGCCCCAAGCAGAGGUGAAAACCCUCUAGCCCUUGUAAAGCUUGCAGGGAUUUAACCCACAUCUUCUGCAUGCAAAGCAGACACUUUAAUUAAGCUAAAGCCUUGCUAGAUAGGAAGGCCUCGAUCCUUCACUUUCUUAGUUAACAGCUAAGCGCUCUAACCAGUGAGCAUCUAUCUACUUUCCCCCGCCUUUUAGGGCGGGUAAGGCGGGGGAAAGCCCCGGCCGGCGUUAACCGGCUGCUUAAGAUUUGCAAUCUAAUAUGUUCAACACCUCAGGGCUUGGUACGAAGGGGGCUCAAACCCCUGUAUGUGGGUCUACAAUCCACCGCUUACUCAGCCACCCUACCUGUGACAAUCACGCGCUGAUUUUUCUCAACUAAUCAUAAAGACAUCGGCACCCUAUAUCUAGUAUUUGGUGCAUGAGCCGGGAUAGUGGGUACCGCACUUAGCCUUCUAAUCCGAGCAGAACUUAGUCAACCAGGGGCCCUCUUGGGCGAUGAUCAAAUUUAUAAUGUUAUCGUUACGGCCCAUGCUUUUGUUAUAAUCUUCUUCAUAGUAAUACCUAUUAUGAUUGGAGGCUUCGGCAACUGACUGGUCCCCUUAAUAAUCGGGGCCCCAGAUAUAGCAUUUCCCCGAAUGAACAACAUGAGUUUCUGACUGCUUCCUCCCUCCUUCCUACUCCUCCUUGCCUCCUCAGGGGUAGAAGCGGGCGCAGGUACAGGGUGAACUGUUUACCCUCCCCUUUCCGGUAACUUAGCUCAUCAAGGGGCUUCCGUUGAUCUCACAAUUUUUUCUUUACACCUAGCCGGUGUUUCCUCAAUCCUAGGAGCCAUCAACUUUAUUACCACCAUCAUCAAUAUAAAACCUCCCUCAAUCUCCCAGUACCAAACACCCUUAUUUGUCUGAGCUGUAUUAAUCACUGCCGUCCUACUUCUUCUCUCCCUGCCCGUCCUGGCAGCCGGCAUCACCAUGCUUUUAACUGACUGAAAUCUAAACACAACUUUCUUUGACCCUGCGGGAGGUGGAGACCCCAUCCUCUACCAACACCUUUUCUGAUUCUUCGGUCACCCCGAAGUCUAUAUCCUAAUUCUACCUGGCUUUGGCAUGAUCUCCCAUAUUGUGGCCUAUUACUCAGGGAAAAAAGAACCUUUCGGCCACAUAGGAAUAGUGUGAGCCAUAAUGGCCAUUGGCUUAUUAGGAUUUAUUGUGUGAGCUCAUCACAUGUUUACAGUGGGAAUAGAUGUGGACACACGCGCAUAUUUUACCUCAGCUACCAUAAUUAUCGCCAUUCCUACAGGUAUUAAAGUUUUCAGCUGACUAGCUACCCUUCACGGAGGCAUUAUUAAAUGAGAAACCCCUCUACUCUGGGCCCUAGGCUUUAUCUUCCUAUUUACAGUAGGCGGUUUAACCGGGAUUGUGUUAGCCAACUCUUCACUUGAUAUUGUAUUACAUGACACUUACUACGUAGUCGGCCAUUUCCACUACGUCUUAUCCAUAGGCGCUGUCUUUGCUAUUAUAGCAGGGUUCGUUCACUGGUUCCCCUUAUUUACUGGUUACACACUCCACGACACCUGAACAAAAAUCCACUUUGGGGUGAUGUUUACAGGUGUUAACCUAACCUUUUUCCCCCAGCAUUUCUUAGGCCUCGCCGGAAUGCCCCGUCGAUAUUCCGACUACCCAGAUGCAUAUACACUCUGAAAUAGUGUCUCCUCCAUCGGAUCAUUAGUCUCUUUAAUUGCUGUUAUUAUAUUCCUAUUCAUUAUCUGAGAAGCAUUUGCUGCCAAACGAGAGGUACUCUCCGUAGAAAUGACCUCGACGAAUGUCGAAUGACUCCACGGGUCACCGCCUCCCUACCACACUUUCGAGCAACCUGCUUUCGUUCAAGUUCGGCAUAAUUAACGAGAAAGGAGGGAAUUGAACCCCCUUAGAAUGGUUUCAAGCCACUCACAUAACCUAUCUGCCACUUUCUUAAUAA